GUCUAAUUUAUUUCUUUACAAGUUGAGUUUAUCCAAUUGCAAUUUUUCUCUGAUUUUCAUGCCACGAUUGAGUUCAGUGUACACAUUUACAUAGUGGUUUACGACAACCUCUGAAGAUGCUUUAUGUAUUUCGUCUUCAUCUUCUUGAUGACUGUACGUAGCAUUGGUGAUUUGACCCUUCAUUCAUUUAAUCCCAUUUUCUCCUCACAACAACUAUACAAACUGCCAAAAGGCCCAUCUCUCUCCAUAUUCCACACACAUACAGGGGAAAAGGAAGACAUUUUCUUAAAUAUAUGCUGAAGAAGCGAAAAGGGUCACAUCUGGGAGUUACAGCACAUACAUAGAACCAAAGUUAAUCCUUCAUUCGAUUCCAGAUUCAGUAUAUUUCGAAAACGGCAGGAAAAUCAAAGGUGCGCCAUGCUGGGAAAUGGGGUUGUUGGGAUUCUUUCAGAAUCAUCAAACAAGUGGGAGAGAAGGGUACCUCUGACCCCAUCUCAUUGUGCUCGGCUCCUUCACGGUGGCAAGGACAAAACUGGUAUUUCUCGCAUAAUUGUGCAGCCAUCCACCAAACGAAUCCACCAUGAUGCUCUUUACCAGGAUGUUGGCUGUGAAAUAUCAGAGGACUUGUCAGAUUGCGGGCUCAUCUUGGGCAUUAAGCAGCCUAAGAUAGAGAUGAUUCUUCCUGAUAAAGCUUAUGCAUUCUUCUCACAUACUCACAAGGCCCAGAAAGAAAACAUGCCAUUAUUAGAUAAGAUCCUAGCCGAAAGGGGAUCAUUAUAUGAUUAUGAGCUUAUAGUUGGGGACCAUGGGACAAGGUUACUUGCAUUUGGGAAGUUUGCUGGUAGAGCUGGCCUAGUUGACUUUUUACACGGGCUGGGACUGCGGUAUCUGAGUCUUGGAUAUUCAACCCCUUUUCUUUCUUUGGGUGCAUCUUAUAUGUAUUCAUCCUUGGCAGCGGCCAAAGCUGCAGUAAUUUCAGUGGGUGAAGAGAUAGCAUCUCAGGGAUUGCCAGCAGGAAUCUGUCCUCUGGUUUUUGUAUUUACUGGCUCAGGGAAUGUCUCGCAUGGCGCACAAGAGAUAUUUAAGCUUCUUCCUCAUAGUUUUGUUGAUCCAAACAAGCUUCCAGAGCUAUUUAAUAUGGGUAAGGAUGCAUCUCAACCAGCAAGGGCAUCAAAUAGGGUGUUUCAAGUUUAUGGCUGUGUUGUCACUUGCCAAGCCAUGGUUGAAAAUAAGGUUUCAAAAAAACCAUUUGAUAAAGCUGACUACUAUGCACAUCCAGAACACUACGACCCUGUUUUCCAUGAAAGAAUCGCCCCGUAUGCGUCUGUAAUUGUGAAUUGCAUGUACUGGGAGAAAAGAUUUCCUCGAUUGGUGACUAAUGAGCAGCUUCAAGAUUUAAUGAGGAAAGGAUGCCCUCUCGUUGGAUUCUGUGAUAUAACUUGUGACAUAGGCGGUUCACUCGAAUGUGUCAAUCAAACAACUUCCAUUGACUCACCUUUUUUCAGAUAUGAUCCUUGUAAUAACUCAUACCAUCAGGACUUGGAGGGUAGCGGUUUGAUAUGUUCAUCUGUUGACAUACUUCCUACUGAAUUUGCAAAAGAGGCUUCUCAACACUUUGGAGAUAUACUAUCCGAAUUUGUGGGAUAUUUGGCUUCAACAGUAGACAUUAAACAGUUACCUUCACACUUAAGGAGAGCUUGCAUAGCCCAUAGGGGAGUGCUUACUUCCUUGUAUGAAUAUAUUCCUCGUAUGCGAAAAUCGGAUACAGAAGAAAUAUCAGAGAAUCCUGCAAGUUUCCAAUCCAACAAGAAGAAAUACAACAUACUGGUAUCCUUAAGUGGUCAUCUAUUUGACCAAUUUCUGAUAAAUGAGGCCUUAGAUAUUAUUGAAGCUGCUGGUGGCUCCUUCCACUUGGUCAAGUGUCAAGUGGGUCAGAGUUCAAAUGCUACGUCAUACUCAGAACUUGAAGUUGGUGCAGAUGAUAAGGCAGACCUAGAUCAGAUUAUUGAUUCUUUAACUUCAAUAGCCAAGCCAAAUGAAAGCAAUGGAUUUUUAGAUAAACAAACAAAUAAGCUCUCACUGACAAUUGGUGAAGUCCGGGAGAUGGAAACUGAAAAGGAAAAUGGCAGAGAGAGGAAAACUGGGGUUCUAAUUCUUGGAGCAGGUCGGGUCUGUCAACCAGCUGCGAAGUUACUAGCAUCCAUUGGAAGCAAUUCAUCACCUCAAUGGUAUAAAACAUGUCUUCAAGAUGAUUUUGAAGAGCUAAAUGAUGUUCAUGUGAUUGUUGCUUCUCUUUAUCUUAAGGAUGCUGAAGAGACCAUUGAAGGUAUUCCAAAUGCAACAGCAGUUCAGCUUGAUGUGCAGGAACAUGUUAGCCUUUGCAAGUACAUUUCUCAGGUUGAGGUUGUCAUAAGUCUACUGCCUCCUAGUUGCCACAUCACUGUAGCAAAUGCAUGCCUUGAGCUUAAAAAGCAUCUUGUCACUGCUAGCUAUGUUGAUGAUUCCGUGUCAAAGCUAGAUGAAAAGGCAAAGAAUGCUGGUGUAACAAUUCUGGGUGAGAUGGGCUUAGAUCCAGGGAUAGAUCAUAUGAUGGCAAUGAAAAUGAUUAACCAAGCACACGUUCGUAAGGGGAAAAUAAGGUCAUUUAAUUCUUACUGCGGGGGACUCCCUUCACCAGCAGCUGCAAAUAAUCCAUUAGCAUACAAAUUCAGUUGGAAUCCUGCAGGAGCUAUUCGAGCUGGGCGAAACCCUGCUACCUAUACAUCUGAUGGAAAAACCAUUCAUGUUGAUGGAGAAGAUCUAUAUGAUUCAGCUGAGAGACUGCGGAUACCUAAUCUUCCAGCUUUUGCAUUGGAGUGUCUUCCAAAUCGUAAUUCUUUAGUUUAUGGAGAGUUGUAUGGAAUAGCCAAUGAAGCAUCAACCAUAUUUCGUGGAACACUUCGCUAUGAAGGAUUUGGUGAGAUAAUGGGAACACUAGCAAGAAUUGGUCUUUUCAACACAGAAUCUCACCCCCUUCUUAAGGAUGGGAAGAGACCUACAUUCAGAACUCUCCUGCUUGAGCUUCUCAAGGUUAAUGGCGAUGGCUCUUUUAAAGGAGAAAAAGACAUUGCUGAAAGGAUUCUCAGUCUUGGACAUUGCAAAGACAAAGAAAUUGCAGUAAAGACAGCAAAAACUAUCAUAUUCUUGGGACUCAACGAGGAAACAGAAGUUCAUGCCUCCUGCCAAAGUGCAUUUGAUGUUUCCUGUGUCCGCAUGGAGGAAAGGUUAGCCUACUCUAGCACAGAACAGGAUAUGGUGCUUUUGCAUCAUGAAGUGGAAGUAGAUUUCCCAGGUGAUCAGCACACUGAAAGACACAUAGCCACUUUAUUGGAAUUUGGAAGGACUGAGAAUGGAAAAACCAUUACUGCCAUGGCCCUCACUGUUGGUAUCCCUGCGGCCAUUGGAGCUUUGCUCAUACUUGGAAAUAAGAUAAAGACAAGAGGGGUUUUACGGCCUAUUGAACCUGAAGUAUAUGUACCGGCAUUGGAUAUCUUACAAGCCUAUGGUUUCAAGCUGAUAGAGAAGACUGAGUGAUGCAGAAGAUUGGGCGAUUUCAGACUUCCCAGUUCACCAUACUCUAUUUUGUAAAUCUUUAAUUUACUGAGAGUAUGAAAUGUAACCUCACAUGGCUAAUCCUCUUGUAGAUGUUUUACCUCUAAUUAUUCAAAUAAAGGGUAAUCCAAGUAUUAGCAAAA